UGUGGGCGUCUAGUUCCCGCCCUUCGUGGAAGCUGGACUAGCACUGUGGUCCUCAAGCCCCUCCCAUCCCCCGCUUGUCCAUAUAUUCUACUUUUGGGGUUCGGCGGAGGUUGAUGAUCUUCCUUCCCCUCGGCACUCACCGUUGGUUUGGUCUCCCGUUUCUCGCACCUUAACAAUCAGAAAACAUCUGGUUCGCCACCCUAACUAGAGCAACUUCCGCCAUCUUCUCUCUGAUCCUUCGGAACCCGGCUCAGAUCUGACCUCAAUGGAAUAGGGUUUGGUGCAAGCGCUGCGUCUCGGUGUGCAUACGAGAGCAGGCGUCAGUCUUUCGAGUCCAACCAGCGGCAACAGAGGCAGCGAAAGCGCGCCGCCAUGGACCAGCGGUUUGCCUUUUCUCCUGCCGACUUGGCUCGUGUCAAGACUGUGCAGUUUGGUAUCAUCAGCCCAGAUGAAAUUCGCCAAAUGUCAGUGUGCUUAAUAGAGAGCAGCGAGACUUAUGACAGGGGUAAGCCCAAGAUGGGGGGCCUCAGUGACCCGCGGCUGGGCACGAUUGACCGACAUACCAAAUGUGAGACAUGUGCUGGUAGCAUGGCGGAAUGUCCUGGUCAUUUUGGUCAUCUGGAGCUCGCGAAACCCAUGUUUCAUAUUGGUUUCUUGAAGACUGUUCUUUCCAUCCUGCGGUGUGUCUGCCACAACUGUUCGCGGUGUCUUGCAGAUGAGGAAGAUCAUCGAUUUAAGCAAGCAAGGAAAGUUCGCAAUCCGAAGCACAGGUUGAAGAAAGUACUGGAUUGCUGUAAAAGCAAAACAAAGUGUGAUGCAGGCGACGAGCUUGACGAAAAUGAUACGCGUUAUGGUGAAGAAACUGAGAAAAAGAAGUCUCACGGAGGUUGCGGUGCGCAGCAGCCCAAGACGACCAUAGAUGGUAUGAAGCUUGUGGCCGAAUUCAAAGCUAGUCGGAAAAAGGGUGACGAACAGGACCAGCAUAUGCCGGAACCUGUGGAACGUAAACAGCAACUUACUGCCGAAAAGGUUUUGAGUAUUCUGAAGAGAAUAAGCGACGAGGAUUGUGCUAUUUUGGGUCUCAAUCCAAAGUUUGCCCGACCGGAUUGGAUGAUCUUACAAGCGCUUCCCAUUCCACCACCUCCAGUGCGUCCUUCUGUUAUGAUGGACAGUUCUGCUCGCAGUGAGGACGAUCUCACCCAUCAGUUGGCUAUGAUCAUUCGGCACAAUAACAACUUGAAGAAGCAGGAGCAAAAUGGGGCACCUACUCAUAUCAUUAAUGAGUUUGCCCAGCUUUUGCAAUUUCAUAUAGCAACAUACUUCGACAACGAUCUCCCAGGACAACCAAGGGCUACUCAAAGGUCCGGGCGUCCUAUAAAAUCAAUCUGUGCACGCUUGAAGGCGAAAGAGGGUCGUAUUCGUGGAAAUUUGAUGGGAAAACGUGUGGACUUUUCUGCACGUACCGUGAUCACCCCAGAUCCUAAUAUAAAUAUUGAUGAAUUAGGAGUACCUUGGAGUAUCGCUCUAAAUUUAACAUAUCCAGAAACUGUAACUCCUUACAAUAUGGAGAGGCUGAAAGAGCUUGUAGAGUACGGGCCUCACCCGCCUCCUGGAAAGACUGGCGCAAAGUACAUCAUCAGAGAGGAUGGUCAACGUCUAGAUCUUCGUUUCUUGAAAAGGAGCAGCGAUCGGCAUUUGGAGCUUGGCUACAAGGUAGAAAGGCAUAUGAAUGAUGGCGACUUCGUAUUGUUCAAUCGACAACCUAGUUUGCACAAGAUGUCUAUUAUGGGACACCGUAUUCGCAUAAUGCCUUAUUCAACUUUUCGACUAAAUCUGUCCGUGACCUCACCAUACAAUGCUGAUUUCGACGGUGAUGAAAUGAACAUGCAUGUACCUCAGUCUUUUGAGACUCGAGCAGAAGUGUUGGAACUCAUGAUGGUUCCGAAGUGUGUCGUGUCUCCACAGUCAAACCGCCCAGUUAUUGGAAUUGUGCAAGACACACUCCUGGGAUGUCGCAAAGUGACAAAGAGAGAUACUUUUAUAGAGAAGGAUGUGUUCUAUAACAUCCUCAUGUGGUGGGAGGAGUUUGCUGGCAAGAUACCUAUUCCCACAAUUUUGAAGCCACGCCCUCUCUGGACAGGGAAACAGAUUUUUACUCUGAUCAUUCCAAAGCAAAUCAAUUUGAUGCGCCAGGCAUUUUGGCAUCCUGAUUCAGAAGUGGGUGAUCUUUCGCCCGGUGACACGCAGGUGCGAAUCGAAAAGGGAGAGGUGGUGGCUGGUACGCUCUGUAAGAAGACUUUGGGCACAGGACAAGGCAGUCUUAUUCAUGUCAUUUGGGAGGAAGUUGGGCCUGAUGCCGCUCGGAAGUUUUUGGGGCACACUCAGUGGCUAGUAAACUACUGGCUUUUACAGCAAGGUUUUAGUAUAGGUAUCGGAGAUACAAUUGCGGACGCAGCAACUAUGGAGAAAAUUAAUGAAACCAUUUCGAUAGCUAAAAACGAUGUGAAGGAUCUUAUUAAAAUGGCUCAGGACAAGCAACUUGAAGCACAACCUGGUAGGACCAUGAAAGAAUCUUUCGAGAACAGAGUCAAUGGCGUCUUAAAUAAGGCCCGUGAUGAAGCUGGAGCCAGUGCCCAACGCAGUCUUUCUGAGAGCAACAACUUGAAGGCCAUGGUUACAGCUGGGUCAAAGGGUACAUUCAUCAAUAUUUCUCAGAUGACUGCUUGUGUGGGGCAGCAGAAUGUUGAAGGGAAGCGAAUUCCAUACGGCUUUGUAGAUCGUACACUGCCACAUUUUACAAAGGACGACUAUGGGCCAGAGAGUCGUGGAUUUGUAGAAAAUUCAUAUUUGCGAGGAUUGACACCCCAGGAAUUUUUCUUCCAUGCUAUGGGAGGUCGUGAGGGUCUUAUUGAUACUGCUGUGAAAACUUCGGAGACUGGUUAUAUUCAAAGGCGGCUGGUGAAGGCUAUGGAAGAUGUUAUGGUCAAGUAUGAUGGGACAGUGCGCAAUUCUCUUGGAGAUGUAAUCCAGUUUCUGUAUGGAGAGGAUGGAAUGGACUCGGUGUGGAUUGAGUCGCAAAAAUUAGACUCACUGAAAAUGAAGAAGGCUGAGUUUAACAGGGUGUAUAAGUUUGAAAUUGAUAGAGAUGAUUGGUCACCUGAUUACAUGUCGACGGAAGCUGCAGAAGACAUAAAAACAAUUCAAGAAAUCAGAAAUGUGUUUGAUGCAGAAGUAUCCAAACUCGAAGCUGACCGUAGGCAAAUGGGUUUAGAGAUUGCCCCUACUGGGGAAGCUAAUUGGCCCCUUCCUGUCAAUCUGAAACGACUCAUCUGGAAUGCACAGAAAAUCUUUAAAGUGGAUUUCCGUAAGCCAUCAGAUAUGCAUCCAAUGGAAAUUGUGGAGGCAGUGGACAAGUUGCAAGAGAGGCUUAGAGUUGUACCAGGGGAUGAUCAGAUAUCCAUGGAAGCGCAAAGAAAUGCUACUCUAUUUUUUGGCUGUCUUUUGCGCAGUACUCUUGCUAGCAAGAGGGUUCUCAAGGACUAUCGAUUGACAAGAGAGGCAUUCGAUUGGGUCAUUGGUGAAAUAGAAACACGAUUUCUCAUGUCCCUUGUGGCGCCUGGAGAAAUGAUUGGCUGUGUUGCUGCUCAGUCAAUUGGAGAACCUGCUACACAGAUGACACUGAACACUUUCCAUUUUGCUGGUGUGAGUGCCAAGAAUGUGACCUUGGGUGUACCUCGUUUACGUGAGAUCAUCAAUGUUGCAAAGAAGACUAAGACUCCGUCGCUGACAGUAUUUCUAAAACCUGGGAUAAACAAAGAGAAAGAAAAGGCCAAAAAUGUUCAGUGUGCUUUGGAAUAUACUACUCUUCGCUCUGUCACCCAGGCGACCGAGAUUUGGUAUGAUCCAGAACCAAUGAGUACAUUGAUAGAGGAGGAUGUGGAGUUUGUGAGGUCGUACUAUGAAAUGCCGGAUGAAGAUGUGGCCCCUGAAAAAAUUUCACCUUGGCUGCUACGUAUCGAGUUAAACCGCGAGAUGAUGGUGGACAAGAAGCUGAGCAUGGCUGAUAUUGCAGAGAAGAUCAAUCUUGAAUUUGAUGAUGAUUUGACGUGUAUUUUCAAUGAUGACAAUGCUGAGAAGCUCAUACUUCGUAUUCGAAUUAUGAAUGACGAAGCGCCCAAGGGAGAGGCCACUGAACAAUCUGAAGAUGACGUCUUCCUGAAAAAGAUAGAGAGUAACAUGCUUACAGAGAUGGCACUGCGAGGAAUACCUGAUAUUCGGAAGGUGUUUAUCAAGGAAGACAAGAAGAAUCGGUUUGAUGAAAAUGUGGCCUUCGAGCCGGAGAAAGAAUGGAUCCUUGACACAGAGGGUGUGAAUAUGCUUGCGGUAAUGUGUCACGAGGACGUAGAUGCGUCUCGAACCUUAAGUAACCACUUAAUAGAGGUUAUUGAGGUCCUGGGUAUCGAAGCAGUUCGAAAUGCUCUCUUGAAGGAGUUGCGUGAUGUCAUCUCCUUCGAUGGUUCAUACGUGAAUUACAGGCAUCUCGCUAUUCUUUGCGAUGUAAUGACAUACCGUGGUCACUUGAUGGCAAUCACGCGCCAUGGUAUCAAUAGAAACGAUACAGGGCCAAUGAUGCGGUGUUCAUUUGAAGAAACAGUGGAUAUCUUACUGGAUGCUGCGGUAUAUGCGGAGGCAGACCACCUGAAAGGAGUCACUGAAAAUAUUAUGCUUGGUCAAUUGGCGCCAAUCGGGACUGGUGAUUUCGGGUUGCACCUCAAUGAGAAUAUGCUUCAACAUGCUAUUGAGUUGCAGUUGCCCAGCUUCGAAGGAACUGACUAUGGCAUGACCCCAUCACGAUCUCCAAUGAUCGGAACACCACACAACGAGGGGAUGAUGUCACCUAGUUAUCUUCUCAGUCCAAGCCUGCGAGCUUCUCCAUUGUCAGAAGCGCAAUUUUCUCCAUAUGUUGGGAGUAUGCCCUUCUCGCCUUCAUCUCCAGGCUAUAGCCCUUCUUCCCCUGGAUAUAGUCCAUUGUCUCCAGGUUACAGCCCCACGUCACCUGGUUACAGUCCUACCUCACCUGGUUAUAGUCCAACGUCUCCAGGUUAUAGCCCAACAUCACCUUCAUACAGCCCGACUUCUCCUGGAUACAGUCCUACAUCACCUGGAUAUUCCCCUACUAGUCCAUCUUACUCUCCCACAUCUCCAAGCUAUGCCCCCACCUCACCUAGCUACAGCCCAACCUCACCUAGCUACAGUCCGACGUCGCCUAGCUACAGUCCCACUUCCCCAAGCUACAGUCCUACAUCUCCUGCUUAUAGUCCCAGUUCUCCAGCUUAUAGUCCUACCUCGCCCUCUUAUGCUCCAUCCUCACCUGCGUACAGUCCUACUUCUCCUAGUUACAGCCCUACAUCUCCUAGUUAUAGUCCUACGUCUCCUGGAUACUCACCGACUUCUCCAAGUUACAGUCCAACCUCACCCAGUUACAGCCCAACUUCACCUAGCUAUAGUCCCACAUCCCCUGCUUACUCCCCGAGCAGUCCUCGUUAUUCUCCUUCUAGUCCCUCGUACAGCCCAACUUCUCCAAGUUACAGUCCUACGUCACCAUCUUACUCUCCGUCGUCCCCUUCAUAUUUGCCCACUAGCCCUGCGUACACUCCAGGAUCACAUUCGUACUCUCCAACAAGUCCUGCAUAUACCCCUGGAAGUCCUGCCUACAGCCCUACUUCCCCAAAUUACAGUGCUGGCGGUGGUUAUUCUCCAUCAGCUCCAGGCUAUUCUCCCUCACAGAAUCAAUAUACUCCGAUGUAUAGUAAAGAUGACAGCAAUAGUACAUAAGUACUGAUCAAGUGCAAUCAGCCAAGUGCGAUAGUGGUUAAUAGUGCUGUCUUUUUCCGACUCUUUUGUGACCAUGCACCAUUCACCAUGUAGCCUCUGGAGAUCCAGGAUGGAGCUUCUAAGCCUGAAUUUACUACAACUUAAAUUUAUUGUCGCAGUACACUGUAAGGGAUUACAGGGAUUGGAAAGGAGAUUUUAGGAAUAAUUUGCGUACCUUGAUGAUGUUACUACAGCAAUAUCUUAUCUCAACAGUAUAUGGCAGGCAGUCCGAGUACGUUAGCGGUAGGAUUUUGAGGGCAGGAUUACCCUGACAAAACUUUGAAGGGGAAUAUACCUGUGGUUGAUGCAUAAGCGAGAAAGUAAUCUAUUGAUUUUGUAUAUGUUAUAUUCAAACCACAUUUCAUUAUCAUUCAAACGUUUAUAUUGAAGGUUA